AUGAGCCUUAAAGAACCCCCAGAAAAAUCAGCUCCUCAACCACGUCUCGAAGACUCUCUAGAAGAUGUUGUUCUGUCACACUCUAAAGAUGGCCUUGUAGUGAAUAGUAAAACUUCUAUUCAAUUACCUAUUCUACCACCUGUUGUCAUUGACCAAAAAAAGCAUGGAGGCACUCGACCGAUACCAUCUGCAGAACACCUUCCACCAGAACAUAUUCAAUCAGACAUGUCUUCCGAAGAAUUUAGUUCUUCUCCAUCUUCUCAACCUUCUUUUAUAGAAACGCUCUUAAGUUUUAUACAACACGGAUUUGUAUUUUGGAGGAGGGUGUUCAGCGAUUCCUUCCGGUGGCAGAUCUUCAAGAGCUUACUACUCUUUGCGGCGGGACUCAAGAUAUCCAAAGAAUACUACAAACAUGCGAACGCAAUAGAGACGCCUCCCUCAAAUGUAAACGAUAGGAAAGCUUGGCUGGAAAGAUGUAAAAAACAUAAAGAAAGAAAAGGAGUCAUAGGCAAUUCAACAGCAAAGUGA